UCUAUCUAUCUACCUUCCUAUUUCCUUCUCAAAGUUUUCUUCGUCAGCUACAACAACAAUACAUCCCCCCAGCCCUUUCACAUUCACAUAAAAAAUAAAUCUUGAAAAUCCAAAUUAAUUCACUAUCUCUCUGUUUCUCUUUACUAUAGCAGCAUACCAAGAAAUACACUACAAGAUUUCACUCUUUCUUGACUCUGUUGAUUAGCUCAGAACAAACAAAAAAAAUGCCUGCUUGGUGGGGAAAAAAAUCCACCAAAAAUAAAGAAACACAGUCUAAAGAAAAAGAAAGGGAUAAAUAUGUUAAACCAAGGAGUUUUGAUGAGGUACUAUGUAGAAAUUCACCUAGAAACAGUAAAGACUUAAACUUUGGUGGUUCUGGUUCUGGGUUUUCUGGUUCUGGAUUUUCUGGUUCUGGAUUUUCUGGGUUUGAUUCAGGUUCAUCUUUAGAUAAAGCUCAUCCUUUACCUAGACCUUCAGUUGGAAAUGAUCAAGGGGUUGUUUUGGGAUGUGGGUCAGUUUCAGUUUCUAGUACUAGCUCUUCUGGAUCAUCUGAUGGGCCUGUUAAUACUACUGAUCAAGCCCAAUUUGAUACUUUAUUCAGAGGAAAUGGCGAAAAUAGGUUGAGCCCACUGUCACGAAGCCCAGUUCGUUCGAGAGGGACAACUACCACAUCAUCACCUUUACAUCCUCGGUUUUCGAGUAUGAAUCUGGACUCUCCAACGGGCAAAUUGGAUAAUGAUGUGAGGAGUGAAUGUCAUCAGCUGCCCCUUCCACCUGGUUCUCCACCCAGCCCUUCUGCUUUGCCAAACCCAAGAACGUGUGGUGUUGCCGAAGGCUCAACCGUUAAUAUGUCAAAAUGGAAGAAAGGCAGACUCCUGGGAAGAGGCACCUUUGGGCAUGUCUAUCUUGGUUUCAACAGGGAGAAUGGACAAAUGUGCGCAAUUAAAGAAGUCAGGGUGGUUUCAGAUGAUCAGACAUCGAAAGAGUGUCUUAAGCAAUUGAACCAGGAAAUCAUUUUACUCAGUAACUUGACACAUCCAAAUAUUGUUCGAUACUAUGGAAGUGAACUGGAUGAUGAAACUCUAUCAGUUUACUUGGAAUACGUUUCCGGGGGUUCUAUACAUAAAUUGUUGCAGGAAUAUGGCGCUUUCAGAGAGCCAGUUAUACAAAACUACACAAGACAGAUCCUUUCUGGCCUUUCCUUUUUACACGCUAGGAAUACGGUACACAGGGACAUAAAAGGAGCAAAUAUACUAGUCGAUCCUAAUGGUGAAAUAAAGCUUGCUGAUUUUGGCAUGGCAAAGCAUAUAACUUCGUGUUCGUCGGUGCUCUCUUUCAAAGGGAGUCCUUAUUGGAUGGCUCCUGAGGUGGUGAUGAAUACAAGUGGCUAUGGCCUUCCGGUGGAUAUUUGGAGUUUGGGAUGUACAAUUCUUGAAAUGGCAAGUUCAAAGCCACCCUGGAGCCAGUAUGAAGGGGUUGCCGCCAUAUUUAAAAUUGGAAACAGCAAAGACUUUCCUGAAAUUCCAGAUCACCUUUCGAAUGAUGCAAAAAAUUUCAUAAAGAUGUGCUUGCAGCGGGAACCGUCCACACGACCUACAGCUGCUCAACUACUAGAGCACCCUUUUGUGAAAAACCAAAGUACAACAAAAGUUACUCAUGUUGGUGUAACCAAGGAAGCAUAUCCUCGUUCCUUUGAUGGAAGCCGGACGCCGCCAGUGUUGGAUCUGCAAUCCGGUGGAAGGAAUAUUUCUCCCUCUAAAGGAAACUAUGCAAGCCAUCCAGUGAUCACCAUCUCUAGACCAUUGAGCUGCCCAAGGGAAAUUGUAAAAACCAUAACAUCUUUACCAGUAUCCCCCACUUCUAGCCCAUUAAGACAGUACGAACCUGCACGUAGGAGCUGUUAUCUUUCUCCUCCCCACCCAGCUUAUGGUAUCGGGGGACAGAGUGGAUAUGAUGCGAAUGAUUACUCAAUGUUUCAAGCCAGGCCCACCACAAGAAACACACUGGAACCGUGGCUUGAAACCCCUCAAUUUAAAGCUCAGACACCGUCUAGAUCGCCAAAAAUAAGACCAAUUCUUUAGUACCAAGUGAUCGAUGAGGUGAAAGAUUUUUUUUGCAUUGCACCAAUGGAAGAAUUGCAGAAACUAUGUGCCCAUUCUUAUAUUGGGAACUCGGGAGAAUGGUAGUUCUAAGCGAUCCUUUUCUAUUUGAUGGGUGCAUCAGCAAGAGCUAUUUGGGGCGACUAGGGCGCGGUUGCAGGAUGGAGGUAUUUCAUUUUCUUGAAUAUACAAUCUGUAAAAUGUACUUCAUAUCUCAAUGUAAAUGCAAGGUGACCACUUUAUUGAAUCUAAAUUAUCGCUUCUAAAAGAUCACUGCGAGACCAA